AUGGCAGAUAGGGACGAUUAUGAUGAUGAUGAUUAUCAUGAUCAUUCAAGUUAUAAGAAUGAACAAGAUGAUGACCAUCAUGAUUCUUCACCGCCGUUCAAACGCUUUAAAUUCGCUAACUCUGAAUCGUCACCUUCUUCAUUAACUGCCAGCUCUGUUGGAGCAUAUCUCGGUGAACAUCCAGAAUUUCUUGAUUCUUAUGUACAACAAAAUGUUCAUACAAAUACUAUUGAACAAUGGCUAUCAAAAAGACCUGAGAAAAAAUCUUCAAUAAGUUCAUCAACAUCGACAUCAACUCCAAUUGAUUCAUCAAAUAAAAAUAAUACUUCAACGUCAAUAAUAAAAACUGAUGAUGUUAAAAGAAAAAAAUCAUCACAAACUAUCAAGCAGCUAUCAUCAACGACGGUGAAAUCAAUGAAUACGUUAGUUGAAUUAAAUGAUAAACGUCGUUUAUUACAUGAACUCACCGAUGAAGUUAAUCAAAAUGUCAGCAAAGCUCAAAUUUUAUAUGAAUUAAGUAAAUCUAUAUCGUCAACUGUAUCAGCUGAUGGAUUCAAUUUAUAUUUGGUUGAUGAAACUGGCACUAGUAUACGAUUAUUUACUGCAGAUAAUGAUGAUGAACAAGCAGCAUGUUUUAUUCCAAUCAAUAUUGGACCCGGUCAUUGUCUUGCUGGUUAUGUUGCUUGGUCAAAAGAAACCGUUCGAAUUAGUGAUACAACUCUGUUUGAUAUAACAAAAUAUCCUGAUGGACUCUAUGUGAAAGAUGAUAAAGUAACUGCAGUUAUGGCCCAUCCCAUCAUUAAUACAUCUGGUACUCUACUCGGUGCAGUUGAAUUUUUUCGUAUUGGCAGUACGUUACCAUUUACCGUCGAAGAUGAAGAAGAAACUCUAAAAUGCGUGAAUGAGCUUUUCACCCAAACAUAUUAUGAGCUUUAUCAUUCAAUGACACGAGAACGACGAUUAAAUGAUUUUCUAUUGGCUGUGACUAAAUCAAUUUUUCAAGAACUUGUUAGUAUGGAAGCUGUUAUGCUUAAGAUAAUGAGUUACGCAAAAAAGUUGGUUAAUGCUGAUCGUGCUUCUUUGUUCAUCGUGGAUUCUCGUACAAAAGAACUUUACGCACGAAUAUUUGAUAUAGGACGUGAAGAACAUGAUAUACUUGAUUCAUCAUUAGUUAACGAUAAAAAUGAACUAACAAAAAAGCAGUCAUCAUCUGAUGAACAUGCUUGUAUACGUUUUCCCAUGGACAAAGGUAUAGCUGGUUACGUAGCAACAACUGGAAAAACUUUGAAUAUUGUUGAUGCUUAUAGUGAUGAAAGAUUUAAUCGAGAUAUCGAUCAAAAGACAGGUUAUAAAACCAAAACGCUUCUAUGUAUGCCAAUAAUGAUUCAGGGACAUGUAAUUGGUGUUGUUCAAAUGGUAAAUAAAAGAAAUGGCCAUUUUACUAAAAGCGACGAAGAAUCAUUUGAAACAUUUGCUGUUUAUUGUGGACUUGCUCUACAUCAUGCAUCACUCUAUGAUCGUAUACGUCGUUCAGAACAAAAAUGUAAAGUAGCUCUUGAAGUUCUAUCGUAUCAUGCAUCAUGCACUGAUGAAGAAUAUGAACGUUAUAAAAUAUCUACACUCCCAAGCUACAUUCCAAAUCUGAAACAAUUCGAGUUUUCUCCAUGGAGCGUUGCGAAUGAUAUGAAGCCAAUCUAUGUUCUUUAUAUGUUUCGUGAUUUAACCGCUUCGGAUUCAUCCAAUCUAAAUAAAUUUGACAUGGAAUGUUUAAUAAGAUUUACAUUAACUGUGCGAAAAAAUUAUCGAAAUGUUCCUUAUCAUAAUUGGUCACAUGCAUUCAGUGUGGCACAUGCAAUUUACACUGUGAUAAAAGAGACUAAACAUAACUUUACAGCAAAUCAGUGUAUCGCCCUGUUUGUUGCUUGUCUUUGCCAUGAUCUUGAUCAUCGUGGUAAAACUAAUGAUUAUAUGGUAAAAAGUUCUUCGACUCUUGCUUCGAUUUAUUCAACAUCAACAAUGGAACGACAUCAUUUUAAUCAAACAGUAACCAUAUUACAAACGGAAAGUCUUAAUAUAUUUAAACAUUUUUCACCAAAAGAAUAUCGACAAAUGCUAGACGAAAUUCGUCAUUGUAUAUUGGCAACAGAUUUAGUUUUAUUUUUUGAAAAUCGUCCAAAGCUUGAACGUAUUGUUGAAAGUUGCCAAUUCGAUUGGAACAACAAAGAUCAUAUGCAAUUGAUGAUGGGGCUCAGUAUGACCGCUGCUGAUUUAUGCUCUUCAUUUAAACAAUGGGAAGUACAGCGGUCGAAUGUGAGCAUCAUCAUGGAAGAGUUCUUCCAACAGGGAGAUGACGAAAAGCGACGUGGUAUUCACCCACAAUCACUAAUGGAUCGAUCUUUGGCUCAUGAGUUGCCGAAAAAUCAGGUGAAUUUUAUCAGUUGCAUUUGCUUACCGUGCUAUUCUUUAAUUGUGCGUGUUCUACCCGAAACAAUGCCCAUGCUUACGGGAGCUAGAAGUAAUCUUCAACGAUGGCAAGAACUUGCUGAUGAGCAUCAAUCUUCUGAGACCUCUACUAAUAUAAGUACAUCGAAGGAAAUAAUCACUCCAACGAACAUUCAUCAGCCAGCAUCUUCGUGA